UGAGGUAUUACCCAUGGAUAUUCCGUGUUGUUGUAAAAUCACCAAUACUACAUGUGAUGGCUCACGAUAUUUCGAAGUUAACACUGAUGAGGUGGACUGGUCUACGGCAAAUGCUAGCUGCGAAGAGCGUGGUGGAAAACUGGCAAAGCUAGACACAGAGACAUCAAAUACAUAUGUUGCGAACUAUAUAAAGUAUAAUAAUCUAGAUGACGAGGUCAGAGGUGGCUUCUGGAUUGGGUUGAACGAUAUUGACAAUGAAGGGACGUUUGGUUGGUUGGACGGGUCAGUUCUAGAAGCUGGUGUGUACAACAACUGGGGAGGUGGUGAACCAAACAACAAAUCUGAUCGCCAACACUGUGUUCAUUUGUGGAAGAAACGUGCAUUUCAAUGGUAUGAUGCUUAUUGUACAAGCAACAAAGGAUACAUCUGUGAAUACAACGCCCUGUGUGAAUAACAUAGUGCUUGUAUAGUUUCGAUCAAUGCAUGGACGAAAAGUAUAGUUCGAAUAUUAAAUAUACGGAAACUCUUAUCAUACUUAUUGGAUAUCUGACAUAUGCACGACUCGCUUGACUUCUUAUUAGUGUUCGUAACAUAGUAAUAGCAAAUGUUUUAAUUUAUUCUUCCUAUUUACGGUAUAUUUAAUAAAUAUCUUCUCAUCA